CCGAGUUUCCUAUACUUUUUUUUGUCAAAAGUGACUAAAGUUUUUCUCAGCAUAUGCGUCGGCACAAUAAUAAUAAAUCCAACGCCACAAACUAUCAAACCAUCUCAACCAAUUCUACUUGAUACUCUUCUUUGCGGUUAUUCAUCUGCGAUAUCUAGCACAUCAUCCAUCACAAUGCAUACACUGUUCACCGAUCAAAAUUCGUUCUCGCGCCAUUACGCGCAGACCGCCGGCUAUCCCAGUGCCGCCACCGCCGGCGCUAUGACAACUGCUUCGGCGGCCGCCGCUGCCCACUACGCUUACGAUCAGUAUUCGCGCUACUCCUAUCCGGCGAGCGCUUACGGUUUAGGCGCUCCACACCAGAAUAAGGAGAUUGUAAAGCCACCCUAUUCCUACAUCGCACUCAUAGCGAUGGCCAUUCAGAACUCGGCCGACAAGAAGAUCACUUUGAAUGGAAUCUAUCAGUACAUAAUGGAGCGAUUUCCCUAUUAUCGCGACAAUAAACAGGGAUGGCAGAACUCAAUACGGCAUAACCUCAGCUUAAAUGAAUGCUUUGUGAAGGUGGCGCGUGAUGACAAGAAACCUGGUAAAGGUUCAUACUGGACACUCGAUCCCGACUCGUAUAAUAUGUUUGACAAUGGUUCGUUUUUACGACGGCGUCGUCGUUUCAAGAAGAAGGAUGUUCUGCGCGAGAAGGAGGAGGCCAUGAAGCGCCAGGCGAUGAUGAACGAAAAACUGGCCGAGAUCAAACCGCUUAAGCUGAUGACGAAUGGUAUUUUGGAUCCCAAGCAUAUGGCUGCACAUGCCCAUUUCAAAAAAGAGCCAAUCAUGGAGUUGGGUUGUCUUGCCGGCAAAGAUAUGCACACCGGUUUGAGCACUGCCAUGCUGAAUUCAUGCCACGACAGUUUGGCGCAAAUGAAUCACCUCACCGGUUCAGUGGAGCAUGCCGGUUUCACCGUUGACUCAUUGAUGAACGUCUACAAUCCACGCAUACACCAUAGCGCCUAUCCCUAUCACCUGAACGAGGAUAAUUUGGCCGUCGCCUCAACACAGAUGCACGCCCAUCACGCUGCUGCCGCGCACCAUGCCCAACUACGUCAUCACCACGCUGCCCACGUCUCACACACGCAUCCGCUAACGCCUGGCGGACAUGCAGGUGUACAACUGGGCGGCGCAACCACCAUAUCAACGGGUGCAUCGCCCACAACGAUCUCAACUUCACAUGGACCCACACAUGGUGGCUGGUACACACCUGAAACGCCACCCUCUGAGCCGAUCGGCAACGGUGCUGCCGGUACACCGACGAAUAAUAAUAACAACAACAACAGCAAUCAUAAUCAAAACGGCUCAGCAGGUGUGCUGGUGGGUAAUCAAAAUCACGCGUCGGCAAUUACGGUCACCAGCAGUCCGUCGGCUGUUGUGGGGGGCGUCGUCACCGGACACACAUCACUGGGUUUCCGCGAUAUGCUCUUCGAACAUAACCAGCCUUGCCAAAUGGACACGAGCAGUCCAAAUGGCAGCCUUCAAUCCGCUAGCCCACCGACAAGCGCUAGCGCAGCGGCAGCAUCAGCUGCAGCGGCGGCAUCCGUCAUCAGUAGUCAUCAUCACCACCAUCACCAUCAUCUGAGCGGGAACUUAGGGAAUUUAAGUAAUCUUAGCAAUUUAAGUCAUUACCGCUCGCACGUAAGUCACUACCAAGACUAUGGCAUUAAGUAUGGUGCCUAAGUGGGUGGUGCGGCAGCAAGUAAUGGAGUUGCUGAGGGGUGUAAAUUUGGUGUUGCUUUUACAUGAUACGAGUAUACGUCUAUAGAGAGGUGGCGCUUAGCGUCUCAAAGGUGGUAAGCCCGCAGCUGGGAAUACGUGUCGAUAAAUAGUGUACUUAAAAGGGCUGACAGAAAGGAAAAAAAUUUAAUUUGAAUCGGCAGUCGGAUGGCAUGCGUUAAACAGCUUUCAAGGCUCCAGCUUAAGAACAACGAUCUUUAAUUAGUUUUAGUCGUUUA